UACAUUUAUUUCUACUUCAUUCGUAUUAAUUUCCUUACUUAUACUUAUUUGAAACAGCUAUCAAAUAAAUUACAUGGGAAGUUGAUUCAAUUCCUCUAGCUGUAGUUAUUCCCGAAAAUGUGUUCUACGAGCAUAUUUUUGGUUUUUGUCAUUACGGACUAUUUGAUUUCUUCUUCAAUAAUUGGGAUAUCGGUCGCAAAUGGGCAAGAUGGAAACAUUGAUGUUGAUCAUUUUGGAGAUUUGAUAUCAACUUUAGAGCCAACAUUUUCAGAUGAUACGAAAGUGCGGCUUGUUGACGGACCCACAAAUUACGAAGGUCGUGUCGAGGUGUACAUAAAUGGACGCUGGGGAACAAUAUGUGAUGACCACUUCAACGCAGAUGCCGCAUCGGUUGUGUGCAGAAUGCUGCACAUAAAUGUAACUGAUGCCACUGUGAUACCGGAAGGUUUUUAA